AUGCGGGGCGUGCCCCUCGUCUGCCGCUUCCUGGGCUUCAACGCGCACGGCGCCCACGCCUUCCACGUCGCCGAGGCCGUCCACGCGACGCCCGUGCUCUGCGCGCCAACCGUCGAUCCGGCCGGCGACGAGCGGUCCGGCUGGGCCGCGGGGCUCGCGGCGCCCUGGUACGCGCCCUGGCGGCGCACGAAGCGCGUUUGGCGCGGCGGCGAGGGCCGAGCGCAUUUGGGCGAUGUCGACGUCGACGCCGCGGUCCGCGCGACGCGGCGGCUGCGAGGCGUGGCCCCGGCGCUCGGCGCCGCGGUCUACGGCGGCGGCGCGCCCGCGGUCUCGAAGCGCCACGCGGCGGGCAGCUGGGAAUGGGCCACGGCCCGCGGCGAGGAGUCGGUGCUCGUGUUUAGUGGGUACUGGCGGCCGCGCGACCUCCGAUUCCACCACUCGCGCGUCCCCGGCGCGCUCCUGUGGGGCGCCGGCGAGCGGCGAGUACUCGUCUGCUUCGGGUCCGCGCCGCUCGCGUCUCCAGACGCGGACGAGGCGUGGCUGUUUCGCGUCGUUCGAAGCGCCGUCGCGCAGGCAGGUUUUCGAUCGUUCUUCCACGGCGGGCCGAGGCCUGACGGCGACGGCGUCGACUGGUGCCCGGGAACCGACUUCAUCGACCACGACCUCGUCCUGGGAAGCUGCGACGCCCUGAUCUCUCACGGUGGCGCGGACGCGGUCCACGCGGCCGCGGUGCGCGGCGUCGGCCACGUCGUCGUCUCGGUCGACGCGGACCAGGGACGCUGGGGCGGUGCCGUCGCGGAUCUGGGGAUCGGUCGCCACGUGGCCGGCCUCGCAGACCGGUUCGAGGGCGCCGUCGACGAGCUCGCGGAGGCACUUGUGGAGGCGGCGGCAACGACCGCGGCGCGGCGGCGCGCGCCGCUCGCGGGCCUCGAGGCACCGUCCGCGACGCUCGGGCUGCCCCUCGACCCGGCUUUAGCGGCGGCCUGCACCAUGCUUUUCGACGGCAAGACGGCGACGACGCUCUGCUCCUACGCCGCGGAGCGCGCGCGGCGAAAGCGCGCCUGGCUCGACCGCAAGGCGGCCGCGGGCCUUUACCUGAGCCGCCGCAUGCCCUCUGGCACGUCCCUCGAGGUCGCCGCGUUCUGCGCCUUCUUGUUCGUGCCCCGGGCGACCUACGGCGGCCCGCGGCCCGGCGCGUUUUUUUGCGGAUUGGGGUACUACCCAGACCCCUUAUUGAUACAUUCGGAGUAA